AUGCGGUUACUUUGGUUGUAUACACUUGCAUUGAUAUUGAUCUUUGCAUGUAUUUUUCAAGAUGUCAAGGGUGAUGAACAGAAAAAAAAAGGUUCCGGAAAGAAAGAUUCAUCAAACCGUGAUGCCAGUCGAGGUGAUCAAACACCUCAAGUUCGCCCAGGUCCUCCUGGUCGAGAUGGAAGUAUACCAUCUACGGGUCGAGAUGGUACUUUACCAGCUAGCGACCAUGAUAGUAAUCUACCAGCUGGUCGAAGUGAAAGUAAAACUCCUUCAAAAGAUCGAUCACCAUCAACCAAUCGCGAUGGUUCAAAUGAUCCUAGUUCAUCAUCAGGCAAACAAAGCGGCAAAGGAUCUAGUCCUGAUCGAAAACAAAAAAAGGAUAAAAAGAAAAGUCGUAAAAAUAAAGGAAAGAAAGAUCGCAGUGGCAAGAAAAGUAAACAUGGUGGCAAAAAAAGUAAACAUGAUGGCAAAAAGAGUCAAGACGGCAAGAAGAAUCGUCAUAAUUAA